AUCAAAACAAAACUUUAGCGAAGCUGUAUUCCAAAUCGUAUAAAAGCCGGAGGGUAGCAGAAUAAAGCACACAGUUCUGAUACCAAAGGGUUCCCAUCAACAUCUCAACCGAAACCAUGAAGUUCCUGAUUGUCCUGUCCGCCAUCCUGGCCAUUUCUUCCGCCGAACUCCAGCUGUCCGACGAGCAGAAGGCGGUGGCCCAUGCCAAUGGCGCCCUUUGCGCCCAGCAGGAGGGCAUCACCAAGGACCAGGCGCUCGCUCUGCGAAACGGAAAGUUUGACGACAGCGAUCCCAAGGUCAAGUGCUUCGCCAACUGCUUCCUGGAGAAGACCGGAUUCCUGAUCGACGGACAGGUCCAGCCCGCCGUCGUUCUGGCCAAGUUGGGACCGAUCGUCGGCGAGGACAACGUGAAGGCCGUCCAGGCCAAGUGUGACGCCAUCAAGGGAGCCGAUAAGUGCGACACCGCCUUCCAGCUGUUCGAGUGCUACUACAAAAACCGCGCCCAAAUCUAAGCGGAAUCCUUGCGAAUUUUAAACGUGUGAUAUUCUUUCUGUGACUUGUUACUUAUUUGCUUUAACCACGCCUAUCCAAUGAAAACACUAUGUACAGAUCCUAAACUCUUCCAAUAAAAUUGAACAAAAAUGUGUUAAAAAGUAA